AUGUUUAAGAUUGCCUUCCCCUGGGCAAAAUUAGAAGAGGAACGGUCUGAGCGUGAAUAUGUGAAGGCUCGCAAGGAAACCAGCGAGGAUGAAAUCGCCGGAAAUGUGUGGAUCUCGCCAAUCCUAGCUCUUGAGUUAGCAAAGGAGUAUCAGAUGUAUGAUUGGGUACGAGCAUUGCUUGAUCCCACCGAGAUUGUACAGACCCCAUCCAGUACGAAGAAGCACAUGCAGAUCACCCCACCUCCUCGGUUUGACUUGCCUCCGAUUGAAGCACCAGCCCAGCUCACUGCGGCGCCGCGCCUGCGCAGAGGCCGGUCUGCUUCCCCCAGCAAAAAGCUCGCUUCCCCACAAAAGCUCGCUUCCCCGCGGAAGCCCAGGAGCACGAGGGCCAGGGAAUCCAAGGAAGCUCAGGAGGUCAAGGAGGUGAAAGAGGCGAGCAUUGUGGCGACCAGUGAGGCAAAUGCAAACCUUCAGUCUGCCUUGGAUGCUACAGCCGAGGCCGGAUCGGUCAAUGGCACCAUCCAACCCAGCGUGGAACACGAUGAAGAGAGAGUGGCUCCUACUCCUAAGAAGUCUGCUUCGACACCAAAGUCCACGAAGACACCCAGAGCUGCCCGGGCGAAGGAGCUUAAAGAGCUUAAGGAGCUCAAAGAGAUUGAGGAGGUCGAGGAGACCAAGGAGACCAAGGAGGAGAAUGUCAAAGUGGAUGUUGAAACUAAUGCCGACGAAGCCAAGGAUGUACAAACGACCAAGACCACCGUCUCGGUGGAAUUGCCUGUUUCCUUCCUUCCUGAUGCUCCAUCUGCCGAAGACACCGAAAAGAUGAUUGCUAAGGCUAAGGAAAUGGUAGAAGAGGCUGCCAAGCUUCAGAGCACAGAGGAGGAACCCGUACCAUCGUCAACAAAGGCUGCUAAGAAGCGCAACAUCGAAGAAGCGCUUAGUGAUGACGAGGAGGACGAAGAAGCAAAGACCUUGCGGACCAAGAGAGCAAAGGUCUUGGAAGAAAAGCUGAAGCGUGAACGCGUCAGGAAUCGGGCUCUUGUCGGCGUCACCGCUGCUUUUGCACUUGCAGGUUCUACUACCAAAUGUAUUGGGCGCCUUCCUAUGGAACGAUUGUCCCGAGUUGACCGUCGCGUUUCCCAUCGAAGAACAUCUCUCCCGAACCUCUUCACCCCUUCACCUUAG